CCCGGCGAGAUGUCCCUCCUCCGCGCGCUCUCCCGGGCCCUGGCGCCCCGCGGGCCGGCGCCGCCUCGGAAGCACGCAUCUCUUCGUUGGAUAUCAUUUAACAAAUUCCCUGGAUCAUCAGGAUCAAACGUGAUUUAUUACCUGGCUGUAGGGAUCACAGUCAGUGCUGGUGGAUAUUAUGCUUACAGGAGAAUAGUCCCAUCAGACCAAGCCAAACACAUCGAACAUGUGGCCAAUUUCAGAGAUAAAACUAGAGCAGAGUUACAUCCUCCUCAAGGCGAAAAAGAGAGCCUGGCUGGAGCUGAGAAGGCCAGUCUGGCUGCCCCUGUGGUCUCGUUCCUGGAAGCAGAGGUGGUAGAUGCUCAAGAAAUUCCAGAGGCUACGAUGGUGAUGGUCGCUGUCCCAGAAGAGACUGCAGCCUGCCCGGGGCAGGUCGAGGCUGCCCAGAUGGAGUCACCCCCUGGACCUGAGGCUCCCAAGGCAGCAGCCAGGGAAACCAAGGACGUCAGGCCUGACCCCGCCACAGAGGCUGCGGAAGCAGCUCCUGGGGAAGCGGCUGCCAUCCAUGAUGAUAAAAGCACAGCCCAGAAGGAAAGCUCUGGUGAACCAGCUAAGCUAGAGGAAGAAUGUUGUGCCAUGCAGACAGAGUCCUCUGCCAGGGAGGGUGCCCGGGGAGAAGCUGGCACUGCUGCGGAGGCCUCCUCAGAGGAAGGCUGACCUCAGCCGGCUGAGAGUCUGCUAGGUGCUUUCAUAUUGCUAGUAAUCUUAGCUUUCCAAAAAGGCUUCUUUUCUAGAAAACUUUCAUGGACCUUGAGGGCUUUGGUAUCUACUGCUAGACUUCAGGAUUUAAGAUUUGAGAUUUCACAUCUGAAGAGUUUUCUACUCUCUGAAAUCAGCAGGGAAGAGCUUGAAAAUUUCAUCUUUGAAAUUUUACAUCCUAGGAAUUGAGCUAUCUGUGCCACCAGUGUUCACGUUAAUUUUGCUAUUCCUUUACCUUUAAUGUGUGUAAAUCUAGAUCUUGAGUUUUGACUUGAUCUCAUUUCAAUAAAAUGGGAAAGUAAAAGUGUUGCUUCUACUUUUCUUAAUGAAUAUUUAUAUGUUUAAAUAAUAUAUACUAACACAUACAACAUAUGAACACUGCAUUAUUAUCCAGAAAACAUAAUCUAUGGAGAAUUUUGCAUAUAAUGGUGAACUCUGCAUAUAAUAAUAUAUUAUUAUUAGGUAGGGGACUGUGCCCUUAUUUUCCAGUUCAAUUCAGCUCAGUUGAAACAAUAUUGAGGAUUUAUACUUAGGGUCAGGAAUAACUCUUUACUCAUUCUUCAUUGAUUCAUGUAUUCAACAAAUACUAACUGAGUACCUGUGAAUUAUCAAGCCUUGUUUUAAGUGCUGAAAUUUAAAAAAAAAGAUAAAAAUUCCUGCCUUCUCCAUUUUUAUGUUUUAGAGUGUAACCAAAUAAUCAACAAGAUAAGAAAACAACAUGAUGUAUUAGAAACAUGCUUAAAAAAGAAGCCACGGAAGUAAAGGGACUGUAAGUGCUGAUUGGGGGAAAGCAGUGUUUUAAUUGGAGUGAACAGAGAAGACCUUACUAAGAACGUACCUGUGAGUAGGUUUGUGUGG